AGCCCGCUAAUGAAAUUUCCGGGGAAACGACGCCGGUGCGUAAGGUGGGAGGGCGCCUCCGCUCCCCGGGCCUCCUGGGUAAUGUAGUUUCCUGGGGCGGCGCGCCACCGUCGUCCCCUUCGCGGAGUCCUCCAGGAGCCGACCCUGGCGGUUCGGGUGAGGACGCACCGGAGCGGCAGACCGAGCAGGUGUCGCCUGCGGGGCCGGUAGCCCUGAGGAUGUCUGCGGUGUUGCGGAAGCCCAAGACGUUCAAGCUGCGGGCCCUGCACAGCCAGAAGAAGUUUGGGGUAGCGGGGAAGAGCUGCCAGGAGGUGCUGCGGAAGGGCUGCCUCCACUUGCAGCUGCCCGUUCAUGGCUCCCGCCUGUGCCUCUAUGAAGAUGGUACGGAGCUGACUGGAGAUUACUUCUGGAGCAUCCCCAACAACUCAGAGCUUGUGCUACUCACCGAAGGCCAGACCUGGCAGGGCUACGUGAGUGACAUCAGUUGCUUCCUCAGCAUGUUCCACAGGCCGCAUGUGGAGGUCAUCCAGGCCGCCCGGCAGCUGCUCUCCGGCGAGCAGGCCCCGCUGCGGCAGAAGCUCCUGGCCGACCUCCUGCACACCGUCAGCGAGAACAUCUCGGCCGAGACCAGGGCCGAGGACCCGCCCUGGUUCGAAGGUUUGGAGUCCCGAUUUCGGAACAAAUCCAGCUAUCUGAGAUACAGCUGCGAGAGCCGGAUCCGGAGCUACCUGAGAGAGGUGAGCGCUCACGCCGCCGUGGUGGGAGUGGACACCCGGCAAGAGUACGUGCGCAUUGUGGACGCCAUGGGCCAGAAGCUCAGGGCUGCGCAGUACAACGGCAGCUACUUCGACAGGGGCGCAGACGCGGGCAGCCGGCUCUGCACACCGGAAGGCUGGUUCUCCUGCCAGGGCCCUUUUGACAUGGACGACUGUGCGUCCAAACACUCCAUCAACCCCUACGGCAACAGGGAGAGCCGGGUCCUCUUCAGCACCUGGAACCUGGACCACGUAAUAGAAAAGAAACGCACCAUUGUCCCCACACUGGCUGACGCGAUUAAAGAACAGGUUGGAAGAGAAGUAGACUGGGAGUAUUUUUACCGCCUGCUUUUCACCUCAGAGAAUCUAAAGUUAGUUCACAUUGCCUGCCACAAGAAAACCACCCACAAACUCAGCUGUGACCCACGCAGAAUCUACAAGCCCCUGACGAAGGUGAAGAGGAAGCGUGCUGCUCGCAAGUACCCAUGACGCGGGCACACGUUCUGCACCGUGGCCAGGCCUGGUGACCUGAGUAACUUUAACUGGUGCUGUUUGAAAACUUAAACAAAAUCUUCCUAUGAAUUUCUGAUUUCCCCACCUUUCUGAAUCUGUGUCCUGCACCCCUGAGAGCCCACAGCAGAGGACAAGUCUGGUGCAGUGACGGGACGUGGGCAGGGAUCGGGGCCCGUGUCUGCCAUGACUGGACCUGUUUUGUACACUCGUGUGGCACAGUCUGUGUGCUACACGCGUUGUGACCAGAACGGAUCACUCCCACCCGAGGGACACGCUGUUUGCUUCUGUCAGCUCUGCUGGGUCUUCCCUCCCCACGCAGGUGGGGGGCCCCAUCCUCUAGACUCCUAAAUGCUCAAAAAUGGGUGGUGCCCCGUUUUGGGUAAAAUGUUUACACUCCAUAAAGAACGCACACCGAUGUCCCCGGCCUCACUACUUAUAAUGGCGCCAGAGGGAAACCUUCCAAGUGCCUGGCAGUCGGCAAACGGCUGACUGUGCGUUAUGUUGAACCCUAUGAAAUUGCUGUUUUUGUAGCGCCCAGAAUGGCCAGGUAGCAUUAAUUUCAGGACUCCACUGAAUACAUCUACACAGCGCAAAACUGUGUACAAAUGGGACGGUGUCUCAUAAAUGCACAAGCAAGUAGCCUAACUAUGCAGAGUUAUGAUCUGUUUCAUAAAAGGCUACGAGUGUGUCCCACACGUGUCAGUGUGUGCAGAGACAGUGUGCAAGGGGACACACGUCUAUGAACAGCAGUGAUCCUGGGAUGGGGUGGGGUGUGACUGGAUUACAAAGGACCAAUUUUCUGAAUCGUGUUUACAACACAGCUGGCCCUUCACACUGCGGGUUCCACACCCGCGUGGGGCCUGGGGACGUGCAGGGCCGACUGUGGCCUGCUCGUCUCCAUUUUAUGUCAGGGACCUGGGCACCGCGGGCUUUGGUAUGGGAGGAGGGGGCCUGGAACCCAUGCCCCGCGGACACCCGAGGAAUGGCUGUACUUGAAAUUUUUUAAACGUGCAUUUAUUUCAUAAUUUAAAAGAUUUACUUUUUACAUUUUGUAACAUUUGAAUUUUCACAUUUAUCAUGUAAUCGGAAAAAGCAAUAAAUA